AUGCAGAUCCGCCACGUAAAGUGGGCGGAGUCAGUUGUGCGCCGGGCCUCGGGCCCGCCCAGCGGCAGCCGGAAGUGCUUCAGACCCCGCGCUGUCCGCAGCGGCCGGGUGAGUGGUCGGGUUGGUACGUGGAGUGAAGCUGCUGGGCUGCUGCUCUUCUUGCCGCUGCCAGGCUCAGGGCCGCUGGUCGACCCCCACCCUCCGCGCUCCCCUUGGCCUCGAUGUUCUCACCUUACAGGCGGCUCUUUGCAGAAGCACGAGCUCCUCGCCCCGCUCCUCUUGGUUAUCCCGCGCCCCCCCUCGUCUCUCUUCCUGGUCCGCAGCGGUCUCCAGGGUUCUUGGACGGUCGGAGCUAUGGCGUCCCGACAUGCAGCGGGCCGCUGUUUGCCUACUCCUCAUCAGGACCCUGCCCUUGGAGGGCGACGACCCCCAUCCCAGCCGGAAAUUCCACUUUGGCUUCUAACCUCUCCUCGCCUGAUGUUCCUGACGUCGUUCUGGACUUCUUUGAUUGGCCCUGUGUUGCCGUGGUACCUAAUAGCGCUGAAAUGGCGGGGGUCGGGGAGCUACCGCCCCAGGGUCCACCCCUCCAUCUCCAGGGACUGAGUUCUCCUCAGCCAGGUGUGCUGACCCCUGUGUGUGAGUGCCCGGGGAGGGGGUGAUGGUGCGGUGAGGGCCCAAGUUAGUAUUCCGCCAUGCUGAGUAGACGGCUGGUGAAACUGGGAGGGCCUCGAGCGGCCUAAUCCCAGAUUCUGCUGCCCACUCUGCUCCGCCAGAUAGGGUCCUCUAGCAACAACCCUUGUUAUUAAAUGCACCGGAUGCAUUCCUGCUUAUUAUCCCUGAAUAGUGUUUCCUUGUCAGCCAGCAGAAGGAUUCAAACAAGCCAGUCACAUCCUUGCUUAGGCACCCGGGUGUACCUCACCCUCUUAGUACUGCAAAGCCCGCUUCCCACAGACCCUUCUGGUUCACGCUGUUCCAGAAUGCAACCCCCACGUGUCCUGCAUGGCCUGCGAUGUCCUCCUCUCCUGGGCUGCCCAGGAGGUGGGUCAGUGGGCCUCCGAACCUGUCCCCAUAACCACCCAGAAGGUCUGGACCACUCAUGAUUAGAUGGAGAUAAAACCCACAGCUGUAAAUUUGCACUGCUAGAAAUCUAAACUAUUCUGACAGAAUUUGUACAGAGAGUAAAGACAAAAUAAUGAUAAUAAUAAUUCCAUGCAGCACAAGUGGCAGCACCAUAGCAGAAGAUGGCUUCAGUCCACCCACCUCUGGCUUGGGGGCCCAGUAAUCUGCUGUGCCAUUCUAUUGCAUAUGCUUCUGUUGCAGUAGAAAUCCUGAUCAUCCUAAUGAUAGGGAAAAGCAACCAUGGCACUUUUGGGACGCAGUGAUGAAAUUAAAUGCAACUUAAGCCAGAGUCCUUAAAACUUAUUAAGCAACCAUUGCCAUAGGGGAGGCCCCUAACCCUAAUGAAACUGAUCUGAUGCUCUCUGAAGGAAGAAAUCUAUAAAUAUGAGCAGAUUAGAGAGGACACUGCCCGCACACACACACACACACACACACACACACACACACACACAAAGUAUAUCCAGUGACAAACAAACAAGCAAAAAGAAUCAGAGAGAAAGCAAUCAGAAAACUUGUACGCAGAGGGAGGAAACAAUUUAAGUUGAUACAAAGGUCCACAAUUUAAUCCAGUUGGAAAUCUAGAAUUUGCUAAAAGAAUUUAUAGCCUGGUGAGACCUUUGUCCUUGGCAGACAGCUGUCUUCUCACUGUGUCUUCAUAUGGCCUUUUCUUUGUUCAGUGUGGGGAGAGAGAGAGCUCUGUG